UUCAUUUCAUUCCAUUCUUCUCUCGCCUCACACUGUCACACACACACUCUUUCACCUUCCUCUUCAAACCCUAGUGCCACCGCCGCCGCCGCCGCCUCCUCUAACCACAACCACCUCACCAUCAAAUCCUCCUAUCAACAUGAAUCACCACUUUCCAACUUGAUUCCCUUUGUUUUACGCCUUUCUCUAUCACUUAAAACAAAAGAUUUAAGUGACAAUCGAACUUGAAUCAUCCACGAACCCAGAUCUUGAUCUUGUUGACUCUCUCUGUGUUACUACACUCAAAUCAAAGAUUCAAAGGAAAGAUGAAUCAAGAGGUUAAUAACAUUCAAAGCCCAAGUGCAAGGACUGUAGCAAGUGGAGGAGUUAAUGAGCAAGGAGAGCAUUCUGGUGCAGCAGCAUCAACUCAAACUAUGAAUAAUGAAGCUGGUGCAGCGCCAUCAACUCAGGUUGCUGGACCUGAACUAACUAAUACUCAACCAUUAAAGAAGAGAAAGGCUAAUGCAAAUGGUCCUAGGCAAACAGCGGCUUGCUGGGAACACUUUAUAAGGUUACCUGAUAGUGAGGUUGACAAACCAACUGCUGCUUGUAAACAUUGUCACCAAAGAUACCUGUGUGACCCUAAGACUCAUGGUACCAAAAACUUGAACACACAUAUAACUAAAUGUCUUAUCCUUCAAUGUUUUUUAAAAAAUGGCCCCAACCAAACCAUUCUUUCAUAUCCAGCUGUUGAGGGUUCUAGUUUGGUUCCGGUUAGCUCUAGAUUUAACCAGCUUGCUUGUAGGAAGUCUUUGGCAGUUUAUAUAGUUUUAGAUGAGAAGCCAUUUAGGACAGUUGAGGGAGAAGGAUUUAAACACUACAGUAAUACGAUGCAACCUUUGUUUAUUAUUCCUUCUAGGAGGACAAUUGCCAGGGAUUGUUUUCAGUUGUACUUGGAUGAAAAACUAAAAUUAAAAGCUUUCUUUAAGUCUGACUGCAAUAGGGUAGCACUUACUACCGAUUGUUGGACCUCUCUUCAAAACCUUAACUACUUGACCCUUACGGCACAUUUUGUGGAUAAUGAUUGGAAGUAUCAAAAAAGAAUAAUCAGCUUCGCUGUAAUCCCAAACCACAAGGGUGAGACUGUAGGUAGGAAGAUUGAAGAGGUGUUAAGGGAUUGGGGGAUUAGAUGUGUGUCAUCUGUAACUGUUGAUAAUGCAUCAGCUAAUGAUGUAGCCGUGACAUAUUUGAAAAAAAAGAUUAAAACAAUGAAUGGGCUGAUGGGGGAUGGGUCUUAUUUCCAUAUGAGGUGUUGUUCACAUAUCUUGAACUUGGUGGUUUUGGAUGGUUUGAAAGAAAAACAUACCUCCAUUACUCGUGUCAGAGAUGCUGUUAGGUUUGUAAAAUCUUCUCCUCAAAGGGCUGCCAAGUUCAAAGAGUGUAUCGAAUUUGCUGGAAUAACAUCUAAAAAACUAGUGUCUCUUGAUGUUUCAACUCGUUGGAACGCAACAUUGUUUAUGCUGAGUAGUGCUGUAAAGUUUCAAGUAGCUUUUGAAAAGCUUGAAGACGAAGAUUCUAGUUAUAGGGAAUACUUUGGACCUGCUGGUCCACCAACGAGUGAUGAUUGGGAGAAUGCAAGGGCUUUUUGUGUUUUUUUGGAGAUGUUUUAUGAGGCAACAAAAUUGUUUUCAACCUCCCAACAUGUGAGUAUACAUACAGCCUUUCACCAAAUUUCCUCAAUUUAUGUUGAGCUGAAGCGUGCCACAAUGGACUUAAACUCAAUUUUUGCAAGUGUGGGUAUGGAAAUGAUGGCUAAGUACAACAAAUAUUGGGAGAACGUUGCUAACAUGAACAAUCUUUUGUAUUUUGGCACCAUCUUUGACCCGCGAUACAAGUUGAGAUAUAUUGAGUGGGUUUUUAAUAAUGAAAUGUAUUAUGAUAGACCUGUGUUUGCCAAAGAGUUGGUUAAAUCUAUUAGGGAGAAUCUAGAUAAAUUGUACUUUUGGUAUAAGAAAGCUCAUGACCAGACUGUCAACAAUGCACAACCACUUGCGAGUUGUAGAGAAACAAUUACCCAUGUUGAAACCAAUACAGCUGUUGCUGCCCGCCGCCCUUCGGGUAUGGCAAGGGCCAAUGCUUUUGACCAACAUUUGGAGGAGCAAAACUCAAUUGACCUACAGAAUGAGCUUGAUGGGUAUAUUAACAGCAAGUGUGUCAAGCGAACUGAUAAUUUUGACAUUCUUGUGUGGUGGAAAAAUAAUUCAAGUCAAUACCCCAUUUUAUCUACCAUGGCAAAGGAUAUUUUGGCCAUACCGGUGUCUACAGUUGCUUCAGAAAGUGCUUUCAGCACAGGGGGGAGAGUCAUAGAAACCUACAGGACCUCUCUAAAGGAAGAAAUGGCAGAGGCAUUAAUCUGUACCCAAAAUUGGUUGAAACCGUCGUUCACUUACUUUAAAGACUUGCAACUUAUGGAGGAGACUGAGCUUUCUGAAGACAUCAUAGCAGAGUUUCAAAAAAUAUCUGUUGGAGAAGGAUCUGCAAAUGCAGCUGCUGCUGGUUGCUCAUCAUCACAGCCACCUGGCUGUGUAUGAUGAAUUUGGAUCUUUUGAUUUUUUGGCUUGGCAUAACAACUUUUUGUCAUAGUGUUGUUGCCUGCAUAUAAUUUAGAGGUGGGAUAGGAAUGUUUUUUUGGACGACACCAACCUUGUUAUCACAUAAUGUUGUGACUUUUUGAGCAUAAGUAGCAGCAUAACUUUUGUGAUUAUGAGCAGCUUUGGAGGACUAUUUUGUAGCUGUUUUUACUAUUAUGGCUAUGGCUGAUUUGGAGAACAGUUUGUUGACAUUUGAAUCAUUGGUACUGCCUCAGAACCAGAAGAUUAAUUUGAGUAAAAUUGAGCAGCUUGUGAUUUUCAUUUGUUGAUAAUAUCUUUUGUUAAGCCUGCCAUUGCUCUCUAUUGAUGUGCAAAUUUGCUUUGAAUCUCAAAGCAUCAAGAUGCAAUUUACUUUGGAUGAUAUGAUGCUCCAUUUGAAUUAACUUGAUAUUGAACAAUGCAUUAUAUAAUGCAAAAUGCUGCUACAGCUGAUACUAAAGACUUUUAUUUUCCAUCUGGAUGAUUGUACUAUUUAAAUCUUUACAAUGGUGUGCAAGGUUAUUUAUGCAUCUCCGAUGAUUGUUCUGAACAAGUCAUUGUUAGUAGAGGUGCCACUAUCGUUGGAUAUCCUUUUGGCAUUAAGUAUGAGAGCAGUUCCAUGAAAGUUGCUCAAUUUUCGACACAGGAUAGGUUCUUUGCAGGCUUGAACAAUCAAAUUUUGAUGUCAUUAUAUAGCUGCACUUAUCACCAGAAUCAUGAACUGCUAUUGCUGUACUGUAUGAAUAUAGUAUACAUGAAAAUUGCAUGGAAAAUUUGAAGGAUUGGCUUUGCAACCUUGCAGACAUGAGGGUUGGAAUGGUUUGAAGGUGCAACUACCAACUAGUAUUGGGGCAAUCGACCAUAUUUUAUUCA